GCACCGCCGCGCCGGUUAUUCAAGACGGGCAACGGGCGCCGUCGACGCGCAUCCGCCCCGGAACCGCACGACCUCCUUCCCCCAUCCCCUGUCGCAGUCCUACCCAAAUCCAGAUCCCGGAUGCCCUUCCACUUCGCCUCUCCCGCCAGACGCGCAGAUCAACCCCGAUGAAUCAACCACAACAACAAUACCAGCCGCCGCGGCGGACAGGGAUGUUCUCCUCGCAGCAUGACGAGCUGCACAUGCCGGCGAGCAUGACCCACCACAGCCAACAGAUGUCGCCCCGCGACUACUCGAGCGUCGGCGCCCCGCACAUCAAGCUCGAGCAGGUGUCUCCCAAUGUGCCAUCUUUGCCCAGCUACCAGUCUGGCGGGAACGUGCCCAAUGUGCUGCAACCGGGCGGAAUGAGUGCCCGACCGCCCGCAGUUUCGUCCAACACAGCGCCAACGCUGCCAGGGAUGCAACAGCAGCAGCCCGAAUACCAUUCGAAUCAACAUCAGGGAUCAAGCAAGCCGAAUUCGCUUAGUAUAUCCCACAACUACUCGCGUUCGAGCCCAUCCACUCCCUACGAGGGUGGCGGAUCGAGUUAUGUACCGUAUACGCCGACGACGCCUGGCGGCACGGGCAACUCGUCUCCCUUCACGUCUCCCACGGACAUGAAGUACAAUCCGUCGAGCACGCAACGGAACAUAUCCAAUACACCCCUGGGGCUCGCCGAUAUCCGGCCGCGUGCCGACUCGAGUCUUUCGGAUGGGUUGCCCGGGACGCCUGGCUACGAGGUGGCAGACAUUCGGCCACGAACCAGUAACUACAUGGCCCCUUGGGCACUGUAUGCCUUUGACUGGUGCAAAUGGGCGCCUCAGGGCAACAGUGCCGGCAAGCUUGCGAUCGGCAGCUACUUGGAAGAUGGGCACAACUAUAUACAAAUCCUCGAUGCCCAGCUCUCCACGACACCGUCAGAGGUCUACGUGCCUGGCGGGUCCAAGUGGUCUAUGGACUUUACAAGGAUCGCAGAAGCUACCCAUGCGUAUCCGGUGACACGCUUGCUGUGGGAGCCACCGUCGUCACAAAAGCAGUCCACAGACCUGCUCGCCACCUCUGGCGACCAUCUCCGGCUCUGGUCGCUUCCGUCUGAUACCCAUCCGGCCACCCCCGGGUCGUCGUCCAUAACAUCAAGAAACGGCCAAAACAUACCCAUAACGAAACUCACACCACUAGCGCUCUUGUCCAAUUCCAAGACGCCAGACCACACCGCGCCACUGACCUCCCUGGAUUGGAACACGGUCAACCCGAGUUUGAUCAUAACUUCCAGUAUAGACACGACGUGUACCAUUUGGGAUAUUCCGUCCCUGACCGCGAAGACCCAGCUGAUUGCCCAUGACAAGGAGGUGUACGACGUGCGGUUCUGCGCACAAAGCGUCGAUGUGUUUGUGAGCUGCGGGCAGGACGGCAGCGUCCGUAUGUUUGACCUCCGCAGCUUGGAACACAGCACCAUCAUAUACGAGCCUACGGGUAAAGAAGAGCGAGACUCCAACGGCGGCCGCAUGAGCCCGACCCUCGCUCAGCAAACUCUAACCCAUCCGCCGCCCCUUCUCCGACUGGCAACCUCGCCGCAUGACCACCACCUCCUCGCCACGUUCGCCCAGGAUUCGAACGUAAUCAGGAUCCUUGACGUCCGCCAGCCCGGCCAGGCCCUCUUGGAACUGCGUGGCCACGGCGGCGCCGUUAACUGCGUCGAGUGGUCGCCCCUGCGGCGAGGCACGCUCGCGUCGGGCGCCGACGACUGCCAGGUCCUGAUUUGGGAUCUGAUCAACAAUAACCAGGCGCCCAAUGGUGCGCCGGCGGGUGACAACGCCAGAAGUCCGGUGGCGAGCUGGCAGUGCGAGUACGAGGUGGGGAACCUAGGGUGGGUCCCACAUCUGGCGAGUACUGACUACGGCGAGUGGUUGGGUGUGAGCGCCGGACGCGGGGUUUGGGGAGUUAGGCUGUGAUUGGAGGAGAGUGCAUAUGAGUGACGACCGUGACGAGAUACAGGGACGAAGGUCCGGAAUGGACAGUGAUGGAUGAGAUGUGCUACAUGCGUCGCGGCAACGAUGGCAGGAGCGGCAGGAGAAAGGGGCAGGCGAGCAGGCAUGACACCUACGUACCGUAGAUAAGCCCGGUGUCUGGGAGAUGUUAUACAUCUGUGGGGAGCUUGUUACAUUUGCAGUUGGCUGUGGUUGCUCGGUUAUAUUUUCUGACAUGCAUUACUCCAACUGUGUUCAUGGGGCGGUAACGCAGGAAGAAGUUGGAUGCUUAUACCCGUGUAGGUAAAUACCUUGAAAAUGGGAAAGGGUGUAAUAUCCGGCCCAAUAUUCCCUCCUACCUA